AUGAGACAGAAUAACAAUAUUACAGAAUUUGUCUUCCUGGGCUUUUCUCAGGAUCCUGGUGUGCAAAAAGCAUUAUUUGUCAUGUUUUUACUCACAUACUUGGUGACAGUGGUGGGGAACCUGCCCAUUGUGGUGGAUAUUAUUGCCAGCCCUUCCUUGGGUUCCCCAAUGUAUUUCUUCCUUGCCUGCCUGUCAUUUAUAGAUGCUGCAUAUUCCACUACCAUUUCUCCCAAGUUAAUUGUAGGCUUAUUCUGUGAUAAAAAGACUAUUUCCUUCCAAGGUUGCAUGGGCCAGCUAUUUAUAGACCAUUUCUUUGGUGGCGCUGAGGUCUUCCUUCUGGUGGUGAUGGCCUGUGAUCGCUAUGUGGCCAUCUGUAAGCCACUGCACUAUUUGACCGUCAUGAAUUGACAGGUUUGCUUCCUUCUGUUGGUGGUGGCCAUGAUUGGAGGUUUUGUACAUUCUGCAUUUCAAAUUGUUGUGUACAGUCUCCCUUUCCGUGGUCCCAAUGUCAUUGUUCAUUUCAGUUGUGACAUGUACCCAUUACUGGAACUGGCGUGCACUGACACCUACUUUAUAGGCCUCACUGUUGUUGUCAAUAGUGGAGCAAUCUGUAUGGUCAUUUUCAACCUUCUGUUAAUCUCCUAUGGAAUCAUCCUAAACUCCCUUAAAACUUACAGUCAGGAAAAGAGGGGUAAAGACUUGUCUACCUGCAGCUCCUGCAGUACCGUGGUUGUCCUCUUUUUUGUACCCUGUAUUUUCAUAUAUGUUAGACCUGUUUCAAACUUUCCUACUGAAAAGUUCAUGACUGUGUUUUAUACCAUUAUCACACACAUGCUGAGUCCUACGUUGAGAAAUUCAGAGAUGAGAAAUGCUAUAGAAAAACUCUUGGGUAAAAAGUUAACUAUAUUUAUUAUAGGAGUGUCCAUCCUCAUGUAG